CUUUAAAAUCCUGUUUGUAAUUUUAAUUGGUCUCGACUGAAUUUUAUCAGUUUUAUUUCAUCAUCGAUAAAUCAAUACAUACAUUUGGCAUGUAGCAAACCUAUUCAUUGAUCAACAAUACGACACUUUAAAAAUAUACGAAACUGAAUAACUGAUGGUAACAGAAAGAGAAUUUAUGUCAACCAAUGGAGAAGGAAUUUAAAUUAAUAAUGAAAAAAUGAAUAUGCAAGUGACAGCUUUUCCUGAUGUUGAAUUUCUCAACGAUCCGGAAAAUGGAAACGAAGAUAAUCAGGACCCGAUGGUUGUCAUCGCCAGCGCUGAAGAACGUGCUCGAGCGGAACAAAAACGACAUUCACAAAAAAGUUUUUCUGGAUCGGAUCGACAUUAUGCAACCCAUUUACAUCAAGAAGCUGAUCAACUUUUUUUGAGAGGGGAUUACGAGGCAGCUUUAGUCCUAUACCACAAAGCGGCAAGUAUCUGUCCAGGGGAUAGUAGUCAUACUGUGGCAGCAAGGAGAACAACGGCGGCCAUAAGCUCAGCAGCUAAUCCAUCGCCAGCUUUGCGGAAACUCUUGCCCAAGGCUCGAAACGGCACAGAAUUAUCCGCAACUUUGUGCCCUGAAGCCGCUGCUAUAAGGGCCGAGAAAAUCCUCAAACAGUCCAUCGAUCCAUCCGCUAUGAUCCCGGAAAUUCUCGAGUAUUUCGACGGCAGGAAGGAUAUCUGGAAGAUGUCUCCAGGUUCUUCCCACAAGGUUGCAGCAAGAUUAACACGUGCCCAAAUAAUGCAGAGACAACUAAGUAGUCAAGCAGAAGCGAGCUUAAAGAGCCUCACAUCUUUCUUCAAUGCUGGAGAUUUCAAGUCAACCCUAAAUAUAGGCCAAGAGCUGAUUUCCCUGGCAUCAGGGGUUCAAAAUCCUCACAGAUAUCUUGUGGAGGCUCAUCACUACUUGGCUUUGAUUCAUGUUUCAGCUAAAAGACAUGACCGGGCAAUCAAGAAUGUAUCUCAAAUGAUCUACACCGCAAAGGCUUCCGGCAACCGUGCAUUGUUCACCAAGUCUCUGGUCACUUUGGGUGUAGUGCACUUGAGUUUCGGACACCUGGAGGCAGUUUGUCGAGCCUGGGAAUGGUUGUUUCCUGAACUUGAAGACUCAGUACCACAAGCCUGGUUGUCUCACGAAAUUGGCAGAUGUCAUUUCGACAGUGGAAGAUACUCUAAAUCUCUGAAACUUGCUCUUCAAUCUCAAGAAAUAGCGGAACAAGCUAAUUCGAAAAAAUGGUUCAUGCAUGCGAAAUUACUGAGUGGUCAGUCACUUCUGAAGCUUGGAAGAUUUGGUGAAGCUUUCGAGACUUUGAAAGCAGCGGCAGAAAUUUUCAGAGGAGAGGGCGAUAGUACUUUUGGUUAUAUACAAGAUCUUGUUGAUCAGGUUUCGAAAGUUUUGAGAAGGAUGCUGAAAUCUGGAGAGAAGGGAACAUCUUUCAAGGAAAAUAGCGAUAAUAUUUCAGAUACAAAAUCAUCUUCUACAGAAUGUGAAAUUUGGAAGAGUGUUGAUGAGACCUUACCAGAUAAAUGUGAUGAUUCAGGAAGUUCAAGAACCUAUGUUUUAAAAAAAGAUUUUGAUUCCGAGGCCACUAGAACCACAAAUGCAAAUUCAACUUACACAGUUCGAAACCCAGUUGUGGUAGGUACCUUCAAAUCUUUGGAUAUUUCAGAAAUGGGUGACAGUCAGAUAAGAAAUAUUUUAACAGAACCUUCGGUAAUUGCAAACCGUUUAAAUAACCUAAAAGUUCCUUCAAUACUGGAAAAGGAGAGCGAGUCGGUUUUAAGGACCUUGUCAGGAAUCGGAGGGUCUCAGGUUUCAAAAGCGAGAGCCGAAGAGGAUAUUUUAUCUCCAUCAGUUGAAUUGCUUUCUAAGGAUCUCGAUGAAAGGAUCAGUUUGAAUGCCAGCAGAAAGCUAAGGGAUGGGAGGUCGAAAUCUCCCAAGAAGUGCAUCGAGGUCGAUACCGAUUGGCGAUUAGACUUUGUCAGGAGUCGUAAGGACGAGGAUCUUGUGGAUGCAACCGAAUCGAUCCAGAGCGGAAGAACUUACGGCUUCUUCACCAAGCAUGCUCUCUACAGACAUUCUCUUCCGUCAAGUCCUAGGAAGGAAAAUACCACUGAAAAAUUACCUAAAACUUUCGAAGGAUUCAGAUCCAGUCCUGAUCCUUUCUGAAAGCUUGAUCCUUUUCAAAAUAAACUCAUCAUAACAGAAAUCUAAUCAUAAGAAGUGGUCAAAAGUUAUUUGCAAAAACUUCCCUUUCCGUAAAUAUCUUCUGCACCUCUACAAUGUUUUUUGAUCCUGAAUCCUGAAAAGAAAUUGAAUUAGAUAUAUUGAAUCUAUUACUUUCCGUCGAAGAUCAAUUCUUCAUUCAUCACUUUGCCUUGAGGCAUUUUAUCACAGGCCGUGACUGCUGCAUUCAUUCGUUCAUCCACCUUUCUAGCUUUCUCACAUUAAACUUUCAUCAAAAUAGAUCUAACAUUUGCGUAUUGGUGAAAGUGUUUGCUCUAGAUUGAUAUAGCUAUAUUCCUGCAUUUGCAUACUGUUUCAAGUACACGGUAGGCCUAGGAGUGCUAACAUGGAACAUAGGUGACUCAACAGGUAGCUCUUUGGAACUCUAUCCUUGUCGACCCUACUCCUUCUCUGUGCUUCUAUACCUAUGUAAACACCAACACUCACACAUUUCUUUACACGUCGCUCGGCCAAAGAAGGUAAAACAAAUCGAAUCAAUGCCUUACCCUAUUCUCACCCUUCAUCAGUUCAACUUUGAGUCAGGAAAUACUUGGCAGCUGCACAAGAAUAAGUGAGCAAACACAGGAAGUUUUCAUGCUGUAACAUACACAAAGGAAAAGACUAUUAUGGGGGAUUCUCCCAAAAUGAUAAUGUUAAUGUCUGGAAUUCCUUCAAAUAAAACUAAGAAUCCAACGACCAAAUUUGGACAACCAGCAUAAGAUGUUCAUUUUUAAUUUGAAAAAAUAUCCUCCUUAAACAAAACAAAAUCUUCCUGAACGAUUAUCUUUUUUCUUUUUUUUUUUUUGAAAACCAUAAAAAAGCGGACAGAAAAAUGAGAAGACUUGAUUAGGUAUAUAGGCUUGAAUCUCAGGUGUCAAAGAGAGAGCAUCGUUGUUUCGUUGCUGUUCCUACCUGCUGAAAAUUUGUCUUACCUUCAUAAGGGUGCUGCAUAAGUACCGAUACUUUGGUGAAUAUUAUCAACAAAUGUUUUUAAUUUGUAAUUUGAUAACAAGAAUAAAAAAAUAAAAAAUGG